AUGGGGAUCCUCAGCAUCACGGACCAGCCGCCCCUGGUCCAGGCCAUCUUUAGCCGAGAUGUGGAGGAAGUGCGUUCCCUCCUCUCGCAGAAGGAGAACAUCAACGUGCUGGACCAAGAGAGGCGAACCCCACUGCAUGCUGCUGCCUACGUAGGCGAUGUCCCCAUCCUCCAGUUGCUACUGAUGUCAGGUGCUAAUGUCAACGCUAAGGACACACUGUGGCUGACCCCUCUUCACCGUGCUGCUGCCUCCCGAAACGAGAAGGUGCUGGGACUGCUGCUGGCACAUUCAGCAGAUGUGAAUGCCCGGGACAAGCUGUGGCAGACACCAUUGCACGUGGCUGCUGCCAACCGGGCCACCAAGUGUGCUGAGGCUCUGGCACCCCUGCUGAGCAGCCUCAACGUGGCCGACAGGAGCGGGCGCAGCGCCCUGCACCAUGCAGUGCACAGUGGGCAUCUGGAGACGGUGAACCUGCUCCUCAACAAGGGAGCCAGCCUGAAUGUUUGUGACAAAAAGGAGCGGCAGCCUCUGCACUGGGCGGCUUUUCUAGGGCAUUUGGAGGUCCUGAAGCUGCUGGUGGCACGGGGCGCAGACCUCGGCUGCAAGGACCGGAAGGGCUACGGGCUGCUCCACACCGCCGCCGCCAGCGGCCAAAUCGAAGUGGUGAAGUACCUGCUCCGGACGGGGGCUGAGAUUGAUGAGCCCAACGCUUUCGGAAACACAGCUUUGCACAUCGCCUGCUACCUGGGCCAGGAUGCUGUGGCUAUCGAGCUGGUGAAUGCAGGAGCCAACGUCAACCAGCCGAACGACAAGGGCUUCACGCCGCUGCAUGUGGCCGCAGUCUCCACCAAUGGCGCACUGUGCUUGGAGCUGCUGGUCAAUAACGGGGCGGACGUCAACUAUCAGAGCAAAGAAGGGAAGAGUCCUCUGCACAUGGCUGCCAUUCACGGCCGUUUCACCCGCUCCCAGAUCCUCAUCCAGAACGGCAGCGAGAUCGACUGCGCCGACAAAUUUGGGAACACGCCACUGCACGUGGCCGCUCGCUACGGACACGAGCUGCUCAUCAGCACCCUCAUGACCAACGGCGCGGAUACCGCCCGGCGCGGCAUCCACGACAUGUUUCCCCUGCACUUGGCGGUUCUCUUUGGAUUCUCCGACUGUUGCCGUAAGCUCCUUUCCUCAGGUCAGCUGUACAGCAUCGUGUCCUCGCUCAGCAACGAGCACGUGCUUUCAGCCGGGUUCGACAUCAACACGCCGGACAACCUUGGCCGUACCUGUCUUCAUGCUGCUGCUUCCGGAGGGAAUGUUGAAUGUCUUAACUUGCUGUUGAGCAGUGGAGCCGACUUGAGGCGGAGAGACAAGUUUGGAAGGACCCCACUGCACUACGCAGCCGCCAACGGCAGCUACCAGUGCGCCGUCACGCUGGUGACCGCCGGGGCCGGCGUCAACGAGGCCGACUGUAAAGGCUGCGCUCCCCUCCACUACGCCGCCGCCUCUGACACCUACAGGAGGGCGGAGCCGCACUCGCCCUCCAGCCACGAUGCUGAAGAGGAUGAGCCGCUGAAGGAGUCGCGCAGGAAGGAGGCCUUCUUCUGUUUGGAAUUCUUACUGGACAACGGUGCAGACCCCUCCCUGCGGGACAGGCAGGGCUACACAGCCGUGCACUAUGCUGCCGCCUAUGGCAACAGACAGAACCUCGAGCUGCUCUUAGAAAUGUCCUUUAACUGCCUGGAGGAUGUAGAGAGCACCAUUCCAGUCAGCCCUUUGCACUUAGCUGCCUACAACGGUCACUGUGAAGCCCUGAAGACACUGGCUGAGACGCUGGUGAACCUGGACGUGAGGGACCACAAGGGCCGGACCGCGCUCUUCCUGGCCACUGAGCGAGGCUCUACUGAGUGUGUGGAGGUGCUAACGGCCCACGGCGCCUCUGCCCUCAUCAAGGAGCGCAAACGCAAGUGGACACCCCUGCAUGCUGCUGCUGCCUCUGGCCACACUGACUCCCUGCACUUGCUGAUCGACAGUGGGGAACGCGCUGACAUCACGGAUGUCAUGGAUGCCUAUGGACAAACCCCACUGAUGCUGGCCAUCAUGAAUGGCCACGUGGACUGUGUACAUCUGCUGCUAGAGAAAGGAUCCACGGCUGACGCUGCUGACCUCCGGGGCCGCACUGCCCUCCACCGCGGGGCCGUGACAGGCUGCGAGGACUGCCUGGCUGCCUUGCUGGACCACGACGCGUUUGUCCUGUGCCGAGACUUCAAGGGCCGCACGCCCAUUCACCUGGCCUCAGCCUGCGGCCACACCGCAGUGCUGCGGACGCUGCUGCAGGCCGCCCUGUCCACGGACCCCCUGGACACCGGGGUGGAUUACAGCGGAUACUCGCCCAUGCACUGGGCCUCCUACACUGGACACGAAGAUUGUCUGGAGUUGUUACUUGAACACAGCCCGUUUUCAUAUCUGGAAGGAAACCCCUUCACUCCUUUGCACUGUGCAGUUAUUAAUAACCAGGACAGCACCACAGAGAUGCUGCUGGGAGCUCUGGGUGCCAAGAUUGUGAACAGCCGAGAUGCCAAAGGACGGACCCCUCUUCACGCCGCUGCCUUCGCGGACAACGUCUCUGGGCUCCGGAUGCUGCUGCAGCACCAAGCCGAGGUGAACGCCACGGACCACACUGGCCGCACCGCGCUCAUGACAGCGGCUGAGAACGGGCAGACUGCAGCCGUGGAAUUUCUGCUCUAUCGAGGGAAGGCAGACCUUACUGUGAUGGAUGAGAACAAGAACACUGCCCUCCACUUGGCCUGUAGCAAGGGCCAUGAGAAGUGUGCCCUCAUGAUCCUGGCAGAAACCCAAGACCUUGGCCUUAUCAAUGCCACCAACGGCGCGCUGCAGAUGCCGCUGCACAUCGCUGCCCGGAACGGCCUGGCCUCCGUGGUGCAGGCCCUGCUGAGUCGCGGGGCCACCGUGCUGGCUGUGGAUGAAGAAGGUCACACCCCGGCCUUGGCCUGCGCCCCCAACAAAGAUGUGGCAGACUGUCUGGCCUUGAUCCUCUCCACCAUGAAGCCUUUCCCACCCAAGGACGCUGUCAGUCCUUUCAGCUUCAGCCUGCUCAAGAACUGCGGCAUCGCGGCAGCCAAGACGGUGGGUGGCUGCGGGGCCCUGCCCCACGGGGCCUCACGCCCCUACAGCCAGGAGCGGCACGGCGCCGUUGGCUUAGACGGCUGCUACUCCGAGUAG